UGGUAUGUCAAACUCAUGUGCCAAACAUAAUUAGUAAGGUUAUGAGUUGUAAGUGUUCUGUGGUUAUAUUACUUAUAAUUUUUAAUUAUUUUUUGUCAUUGUAAAUCGUAAUUCAAUUGGACUUUGGAUCUCUGAUAUUGGUUCUAAAAUAUGGAAGAAGUUGUACAUGAUGAAAACGGACAAUAUUUCUGGUUCAACAAAGACACUAAUGCAUAUGAAGCUGUUGAAAUAAUUGAUGAACCAAAUAAGGAGGGUAAUGAAAAAACAGAAACAGUAGAUCAACAAAUAAGCCCUAAAGUAAUUAAUAAAUGGAAUUACAAUGAAACACUACUAGUUAAUACAUGCAAAAAAUUCAGUGAUGAAUUAAAAGAUAAAAAAGUUAUGCAAAAAAUCACUUACCAAAAAAUAGCAAUAUCUAUGAACAACUGUGGAUAUAAUUUCACAUGGGAGCAGUGUUGUAACAGAAUAAAAACUUUAAGAACAAAAUAUAAGGAAGUUAUUGAUCACAACAAUACAUCUGGAAAUAAUAGGAAGGACUGGCAAUAUUUUCAGGUGAUGGAGGAGUAUAUGGGUGAUAAACCAAAUGUCCGACCAAAGCAUCCCUGUUCUAGCUUAAUGCUCAACCAGAAAUAUGCAGACGAUAAAGAGAAUAUGUCAUCUACCUCUAAUUCAGAUAAUUCAGGGGCUGCAGGUAACCCAACAAGUAUCGCAGGGCCUUCAACAAGUACCGCAGGGCCUUCAACAAGUACAGCAGGUGACUCAAAAAGGAGAAUUACAUCAAGUCCUAAAGCCAAUCUUUUAAAAUGGUUGGAAAAAUAUGAAGAAAGGACAGCUACAGAAGAACAAAGGCGUUUAGAUAUGGCAGAAAGACACCAUAAAGAAAACUUGGACAUGUUCGAAAAAAUAUCUAUGUGCUAUUUUUUAAAAGGCCAACUAGCAACUAGGUAG